AUGGGGUGUGUCUAUAUACUGCAGGUAGAAGGUGUUGAGGAUUUGCCGGAUUUCUUCCAGGGGUUUUCUGCAGACAGUGACUCCCAUCCCUUCUCUUACUCGGUUGCUUCGAUGGUGGCGCUUUACAAUACCCUGAGAAGGGUUCUUCUCAAGCGCAUGCACAUGACGAUAAAGCCCAAGGGGGCCCCCCUGGGGGCCCCCAGGGAGGCUCCCAGGGGCCCCCCCAGAAGGGUCGUAACAAAGGGAGCCCCUCUACAAGCAGCUGCGCCUACUACUUCUUGGCGUCAGUUAGCAGCAAAGGCAUGGAUACCUCUUGAUGCAUUAAGAAGAGGAGAGCAGCAAACAGAGACAAUGGUGCUUCCUUUGUUUGCUAUGUAUGCUGAUGCUGCUGCUGCUGCUGCUGCUCCUGAUACUCCACCUCCGCAGCAGCAGCACCAACAGCAGCAGCAACACCAACAGCAUCAGCAGCACCAGCAACAUCAGCAACACCAGCAGCAGCAACAGCAGCAGCAACAGCAGCAACCGCAACAACAACAACAGCAACAGCAACAGCAACAGCAGCAAGCAUACCCAGACCCGUUUGCUGCAUCAGGGGCAGUCAUCAAGCUCUCUGUUGCUCUCAACCAUCCCCUACGGCCGCUCUUCCCAGAUAUCCCCUUGACGCUGCGCCUCUUCCCUGCAGCAGAAGAAGCACCUGCUGCAGCAGCAGCUGCUGCUGCUGAGCAGCCUAAGGCUGAACCAGCACCAGCAGCAACAACAGCAGCAGCAGCAGCAGCAGCACAGAGCGACCCUGAUGCUGCUGCUGCAGCAGCAGCAGAAGUAGGACUGCAGCAACUGGCUCACCAGGUGUAUGAUGACCUUAAGGAAGAAGGACAACUAGCAGAGGUGGAGAGACACCUGAGGAUGCUGCUGCGGUUGGCUAUCCGUGAUAGAGUUCGUGCUGAUUCUCUUCUUGCUGCUGCUGUCCGCAGCAGCAGCAGGAAGAGCAGCAGCUGCACCGGCAGGAGCAGCAGCAGCGGGGAGCUAGCAGCAGCAAUGCUGCAGCAGCAAAGACGCAAGACACUAGUACUAGCUGAAUGUUUUGCUGCUCUCUCUGAGGCAUUGGAUACAGAAAUUGCGCAUGCUGUCAAGUCGGCUGCAGCGCGAGCCGAGCGCACCCAACUCUUCCUCGCUCCAGAGGCUGAGGAGGACGAACCAGCAGCCCUCCAACCUGCUGCUGCUGCAGUGGCAUUACCCGCAGCAACAGCAGCAACAGCAGCAACAGCAGCAACAGGGGCAUUAGUAGCAAAAGCAGCGCAGCAGCCUGAUGAAGUAGAAGCGGAUGGGGCACAGACAACGGAAGCAACAUCAGCACCAGCAUCCGAACCAGCAACAGAAGCAGAAGCAGCAGCUGCAGCUGCAGCAGCAGCAGCAGCAGCAACAGCAGCAGCAGCAACACACUACAAAGAAGAGACAGAAUACGAGCGCCUACGGCGUCUACGCUUCGAGGCAGAAAUAGUUGGAGACAUGGAUGCUGCUAUAGUAUACCACAAGCAGCUGCUGCUGCUGCCACCAUCAGCAGUAGCAGCAGCUGCAGCAGCAGCACCAGCAGCACCACCACCACCUACAGAACCUGAGCUGUACGUACAGCUCGCUGCGCUGCUGCUGCGAGCACAUCAAGAAAAUAUUGAAGCAGCAGAGGCAGCAGUUAGGGAGGCUGUCUAUAAAUUUGGGGGGCUGCAGCAGGCACCACUAGAGACUCUGUUAUUUCUUGGGUGUAUCCUUCUUGACUGCAACAAACCAAAAGAUGCACAAGGUAUUUUUUCUGUUGCUGUUAACCGUCAACUGCAGCAGCUGCAGCAGCUGCAGCAGCAGCGGCAGCAGCAGCUGCUGCUGCUGCAGGAAAUAGAGCAGCAAGAGCAGCGAGAACAAGAGAUACAACAACAGCAGCAAGAGACAACAGAAUCACCAAGACAGCGCAAAAAAGAAGACGACCCUAAUGGAUCAGCAGCAGACCCUCCUGCUGCUGCAGCACCAGCAGCAACAGCAGCAACAGCAGCAGCAGCAGCAGCAGAAAAUGAGCAACCAGACCCCCCUCUCUCUCUCUGUUUUUUCUGUCUUUGUUUGUCUUUUUUAUUUAAUGGAGACAUGCAAAAGUUCGAGGCAGCAAUUGCCUUGGCGCUGCAGCCUGCUGGUUUCUUUGUGCUGCAGCAGCAGCAGCAGCUGCAGCAGCAGCAUCUGCAGCUGCAGCUGCAGCAAUUGCAGCUGGGAAUGAAUGAUACAACACCAGCAGCGGACACAAAGGGCGGGAAUCAGCAACAACAGCAACAGCAGCAACAGCAGCAACAGCAACAGCAGCAGCAGCAGCAACAGCAGCAGCAGCAGCAGCAGCAAGACAACCAAAAGAUAUGGACUGAAUGGACUUUACAAGCAAUCAACAAGGAGGAACCUGCACUUGUUUCUGCUGAUCUCUGUAGCAACAGCAGCAGCAGCUGCAGCAGCAGCCGUAGCAACAGCAGCAGCAACAACAACAGCAGCAGCAGCAAGCUCCUGCUACUCUUGCAGGCACAGGCUCUCAUGUUGUGCCAAGAUUAUGCGGAGGCAUCUCUUGUGCUGCAGCAGCUGCUAGCAGCACAACCGCACAACUGUUUGUGUCUCUCCUUAGCAGCAGAAGCAGCAAAUAGACAAGGAGACACUGCUGCUGCUCUCUCCUUGCUGCAGCAAACCCUUAAUGCUGCUCGUCCCUCUACGGAUUGUGCUGUUUAUAUUCGUUGCGGACAGGCAGCCUUUAAGCUCAAUCGUGGGUCAAAAGGAUGCGAGUACUUUUUAAAGUCUUUGAAUUUAUGUGAGACCUCCGAGGGUUGGCUCGGCCUAUCGGCGUGUCUGCUGCUGCUGUACCAGGAGCAGGAGGUAGAGCAGCACAAGCAGCAGCAGCAGCAGCAGCAGCAGCAAUUAAUGAAGGAUAAUUUGAAUAUAGAUAUAUAUCAACGUGAUCAACAGAAGCAGCAGAGCCGUAUGACGCAAUCAACAUUAUUAGGUUUAUUAGCAACAGAGGAAGGACAAAUCAUAGAGGCAUUGCAACAUUAUGCUGCUUCUUUGUCUUAUAUGCGUGAGGCAUUUGAGGAGGAGCAGCAGCAGCAGCAGCUGCUGCAGCAGCAAAUGCAGCAGCAGCAACUACAGCAGCAACAACAGCAUCAUCAACAUCAUCAACACCAAGACCAGCAGGAACAGCAACAGCAGCAACAGCAACAGCAGCAGCAGCAGCAACAACAACAAGAGCAACAGUAUCACGAACUACAGAAUGUGCUGCUGCUGCUGCUGCUGCGGUCAGACUUUGUUGCUCGCCAAGCAGCAGCUUGCUGCUACAGGUCUCCGCGUAUGACGGAGGAGACACAAGAAAUAGAGGAAAUAAAGGAGACAAUUGCUGCUGCAGAUAAGCAGCUAAGAAAGGAUAUAGAGCAGCAAAUGCAGCAACUGCAGCAGCAGCAACUGCAGCACCAGCUCCUCAUGGCACAGUUUGACCUACAGUAA